AUGCUGCCCAACGAAAUGGAACCUCUGGUGCUGCAUCCCCCCGUCCCUCUUGCCCAAGUGGCUCCCCAGCCCACAGCGACCACACCGGCCAUCCCCAUGCUCCCUGUCCUCUCUACUAUGGCGAUGGACCAGGAGGUGCGUGCGAUCCCCACAAGCACCAACACUACUACGAACGUAACGGCCACAACGACUGCUACCACAGAACCACCUGCGACAACCAUACGUGCGCGCCCCUCCAUUCAACGACUGGAGCAAAUCCUGAACAAUCUCCCGCUGACGUCCCAGCAGCAGACCGCAGGAAGACAAGAUAUCGUGCAAAAUGCAGCGGAGGAUACCACUCCGACCGUCCCUGGGAAAGGGAAAGGGAGAGUGACCCGCACCUCGCCCGAAUUAGAUUCAGAUGACGAGUUCUGGAAAGAAGCAAUGGGGAAAACACUCGAGAAUACCGACUCCAAAGACACUCCAACAAUUCAGAGUGGAAGCAGAUCCUCCAUCACCCCAAUCCCGGAGGAAGUCUCGGCUGACUCAGAGGUCUCCGACACAGAGACCGGGGCUCGCAAGCAUUCCCGCAAGUCCUCGGACAGUGAGGAGGACACCAUAGCAAACUCGCCCCUGAAUGACCCGUUCUUCCCCCCUCCUCCUCCCCCAGUCCAUGUCCGCGUCUCCCUCCACCACGUCUCCCUCCACUGCGACAAUGUGGAACCCGACCAUGCGAGCGAAGUUAGCCCCACCACGAUGGCUCGCUUACUCCAGGGUAACUCCCGCAUCCCCCGCAUAGUCGCCCCAGGUCAAGUUCGCACCACAGGUAUGCCAUCCUUCACCAGGCUUGGAAACCAGAACACGUCCAUGUGUCCCCCCACCCCACAACCGCAGCAGAGGAAUAUAGACCCAAAUGCAGCAGAGGCCCUAGCAUGUCUCGACCGGAUGAAUCACUUCACCCCACUAGCCCCAUGCCCAGGAUCAUCAUCGGAAGCGGCGCUCACUCUGACGCCCCCAAACGGUUUCCCCCGCAUUCAUGCUGACCACCCCUUCUGGUACCUAGAAGACAUGCAAGGUGAACAAAGUUGCCAGUGGUGCUCGCUGUUUGGCACAGCCCUUGCAGUAGUCCCCUACAGCUUCAGUGCCAAUGACCUAGCUUUCCGCGCAGCCGUCCUAGCGAUCGUACCCCGCGUAGUCACGCAGCACUUCAACGUUCAGAACCCGCACCUUGCUCCGCCUCUCGCACUCACAGACAUCCGUCGCACGAACCAACUGCCCUUUGCGUACUUACUAUACAACCUCACGCCAGCUGAGUAUGAGGCCCUUCUCUGCCAAUACUGCAUCUCGACCGCCGACCUCACGUUCUUCAUCUACGACCUCUCCGGAGAGAUCCCCCAUUACAUACGCACCCUCAGCAGCUUCAUGUCCUCGGACAGUACUGAACUCCGCGACAUCAUCAUUGCGCGACUCUGCGAGAACGCCUCGAUCCAGAUCCUCAUCGAUAUUCUCGGAGGUGAUGAACAUGCUGUUGCCAUCUAUGCACCUAAUGGGACAUCCGACAACGAAAACUUCUGGAUAGACCUGCGCGCAGCCUGGGAACACGCCCACCUACAUCGCCCAGACAUCCUCCUCAGGGAUUUUAAUCUGGUAGAGGAUGCCCUCGACCGCCUACCCUGUCACUCAGACCCCACCACUGCAGUAUCUGCACUCACAGACCUAUGUCUACAUUUCAACCUCCAGGACGGAUGGCGGUCAACCUUCCCAGACACCCACACCUUCUCCUUCCUCCAACCCUCCUCCAGAAGCCAAUCCAGAAUCGACCACAUCUACGCCUCCCCGUACUUGACCGCAUCAGCAACCGACUGGCAAAUCUCCCCCACCGCCGUCCCAACCAACCACCAGAUGGUCUCGGUCCGCAUUGUCGACCAAAAAUCCCCACAUAUCGGGAAAGGUAGAUGGACCCUUCCCCUUUUCCUGAUCCAUGACUCGAAAUUCGCUAAAGAGGUCAACUUCCUUGGCAGAAAACUCCAACAAGACAUCCAAAAUUGUAUACCCACCCGCUCCCCAGACCGAAAUCCACAAACACUCUUUGCACUCUUCAAAAAAGCCGUCAUAUCAGCUGCCCGUAAACGAGCAAAGUCGGCAACUCCUACCCUACAAUCGAAAAUCACCAGCCUCCGCGAACAACUCAAUGCCACACUAAAUUCCGCAAACAUCCAAACAGACCCCGCUCUCCAACUCUCUGCAGCCCUGCUACAACAACGCAUAACAGACCUAGAACGAGAUUGCCUCAAGAAAGUAAACUUAACCACCGCGGCAAGACACCGCCUCGAAGCUGAGACCCCGAGUAAAUACUGGUCUAACCUAAGCAAACAACAAAAACCACAUGAUGUCAUCUUCUCCCUUCGUAGCCCAACAUCAGAUCCUCCUGAAUAUGUUACAUGUUCCGACCAGAUGGCUACCCUCGCACGAAACUACCAUAAUGACUUACAAUCAGAACAACUACCCUCAUCGCACUCGGAACGUGAAAAAGCAAUCACCAAUGCCCUAAAGGCGACCUCCGAACAAUUAUCAGAUAUGGACAACCACCAGCUUGCAAAGACCCUUACCGCUAACCAGAUAGAAGAAGCACUACGCCUCUCUGAGAACGGACGAGCAGCCGGCCUAAACGGGCUCCCAUACAAACUCUGGAAGGCUCUCCAAGCACGCUUCACUGCCCGAUCGGCGGAUGGCAUCCCAACGUUCGACAUUAUCACUACCCUCACCACUGUAUACAAUGACAUCCAAACCCACAGUGUCUCCCCGAACACAGACUUCGCCGCCGGCUGGCUUUGUCCCCUUUACAAAAAGAAAGAUCGCCGAGACAUCGCCAACUACCGCCCCAUCACCCUUCUAAAUACAGACUACAAAAUCCUUAUGAAAGCCUUAUCGUUAAGUCUUUCAUCUGUCGUCCGCUCCCUUAUUCACCCAGACCAAGCAGGCUUCGUCCCCGGAUGUAACAUACUAGACCAAGUCCAACUCUCCAAAACACUCAUCGACUACGGUGAAGCCUUGGAAGAAAACGGAGUUAUUGUCGCACUAGACCAAGAGAAAGCCUACGACAAGGUCACCCACGACUACCUAUGGCGCAUCCUAGACCACAUGAACAUCCCCCCAUCCUUCGUUAACACAAUCCGCUCUCUAUACGAAAACGCAGAAACCGUAGUCAUCAUAAAUGGCGAAUGUAGUUCCCCCUUCAAAGUCACUCGUGGUGUACGCCAAGGCGACCCACUGUCCUGCCUCAUAUUCAACCUAGCUAUUGAACCCCUAGCGUGCCUCCUAAGGAACUCCCUAGGCAGAGACAUAGUAGUAUAG